AUGGCCUUUCCAAGAUCCAUGUGGCUGAACUGUGUAUGGAGAGCGACAGUGGUCCGCCUGCUACACACGGGAUUGAAUGCCACUUUUGCUUUCUCGAUACUUGGAUUUUUGCUUCACGCUGCAGCUGUGUCCUCCCAAAAAUUGGAUGAUACCAACCCAGUGGUGACCACCAACUUUGGCAAGAUAAGAGGGAUUAAGAAGGAACUUAAUAAUGAAAUUUUGGGGCCCGUUAUUCAGUUUCUCGGGGUUCCAUACGCUGCCCCUCCAACAGGGGAGCGCCGCUUUCAACCUCCUGAGCCUCCGUCUCCCUGGGCAGAUAUCAAAAACACCACCCAGUUUGCUCCAGUGUGUCCCCAGAACAUUAUAGAAGGCAGGUUGCCUGAAGUCAUGCUUCCCGUGUGGUUUACUAAUAACUUGGAUGUAGUUUCAACCUAUGUACAAGAUCAGAACGAAGACUGCCUCUAUUUAAAUAUCUAUGUCCCCACCGAGGAUGUCAAAAGAAUAUCCAAGGAAUGUGCCAGAAAACCCGGCAAGAAAAUUUGUAGAAAAGGAGGUCCCCUUACAAAGAAACAGACAGAUGAUUUAGGUGAUAAUGACGGUGCUGAAGAUGAAGACAUUCGGGACAGUGGGGGACCUAAGCCUGUGAUGGUGUAUAUUCACGGAGGGUCCUACAUGGAAGGCACUGGAAAUUUAUAUGAUGGCAGUGUUCUAGCAAGUUAUGGGAAUGUGAUAGUCAUCACAGUCAACUAUCGCCUUGGGGUACUUGGAUUUCUGAGCACUGGGGACCAAGCAGCAAAAGGAAACUAUGGCCUCCUUGAUCUAAUUCAAGCUUUGCGAUGGACUAGUGAAAAUAUUGGGUUCUUUGGUGGUGACCCAUUAAGAAUAACUGUUUUUGGAUCUGGGGCAGGCGGUUCAUGCGUCAAUCUGUUGACUUUAUCCCAUUAUUCUGAAGGUAACCGUUGGAGCAAUUCAACCAAAGGACUUUUUCAAAGAGCAAUAGCUCAAAGCGGAACAGCUCUCUCCAGCUGGGCAGUUAGCUUUCAGCCUGCAAAAUAUGCCAGGAUGUUGGCUACAAAGGUUGGUUGCAACAUGUCAGACACUGUAGAACUGGUAGAAUGUCUACAGAAGAAGCCUUACAGAGAACUUGUCGACCAGGACAUUCAACCAGCAAGAUACCAUAUAGCCUUUGGACCAGUAAUCGACGGCGACGUGAUACCAGACGACCCUCAGAUCUUGAUGGAACAAGGAGAGUUCCUCAACUAUGACAUCAUGCUGGGAGUUAACCAAGGGGAAGGGCUGAAGUUUGUUGAAAACAUUGUGGAUAGCGAAGAUGGCAUAUCAGCCAGUGAUUUUGACUUUGCGGUUUCUAAUUUCGUCGAUAACUUAUACGGAUACCCCGAAGGCAAAGAUAUAUUGAGGGAAACCAUUAAAUUUAUGUACACAGACUGGGCAGACCGGCACAACCCCGAGACCAGAAGGAAAACACUGCUGGCUUUGUUUACUGAUCACCAGUGGGUUGCACCAGCAGUGGCCACAGCAGAUCUUCACUCGAAUUUUGGAUCGCCUACGUACUUCUAUGCCUUCUACCAUCAUUGCCAGACAGAUCAGGUACCUGCAUGGGCAGAUGCAGCCCAUGGAGAUGAGGUUCCUUACGUACUAGGAAUCCCCAUGAUUGGUCCCACUGAGUUAUUUCCUUGUAAUUUCUCCAAAAAUGAUGUCAUGCUAAGUGCAGUGGUGAUGACGUACUGGACAAACUUUGCAAAAACUGGUGACCCAAAUCAACCAGUGCCGCAAGACACAAAAUUCAUCCACACAAAACCAAAUCGUUUUGAAGAAGUAGCAUGGACCAGAUAUUCUCAGAAAGACCAACUGUAUCUUCACAUUGGAUUAAAACCACGAGUUAAAGAACACUAUAGGGCCAAUAAAGUGAACCUUUGGUUGGAACUGGUACCUCAUCUGCACAAUCUUAACGACAUUUCACAGUAUACCUCUACCACAACUAAAGUGCCAUCGACUGAUAAUACUUUCAGACCCACAAGGAAAAAUUCUGUUUCAGUUACUUCAGCCUUUCCUACAGCCAAACAAGAUGAUCCCAAACAGCAGCCAAGCCCAUUUUCAGUGGAUCAAAGGGACUACUCAACAGAAUUGAGCGUUACUAUCGCAGUUGGCGCAUCUUUGCUGUUCCUGAACAUUUUGGCCUUUGCAGCGUUGUACUACAAAAAGGACAAGCGGAGACAUGAUGUUCACAGGAGAUGUAGCCCACAACGUACCACUACCAAUGAUCUCACCCAUGCACAAGAAGAGGAGAUAAUGUCCCUCCAAAUGAAGCACACUGACUUGGAUCAUGAAUGUGAGUCCAUCCAUCCACAUGAGGUGGUUCUUAGGACCGCCUGUCCCCCAGACUACACGCUAGCUAUGAGAAGGUCUCCUGAUGAUAUCCCCUUAAUGACACCCAACACCAUCACAAUGAUCCCCAACACUAUACCAGGGAUUCAGCCCCUACACACAUUCAACACAUUUACUGGAGGACAGAACAAUACUCUGCCCCAUCCUCAUCCCCACCCCCAUUCACACUCAACAACCAGGGUAUAGCCAGACAAGACGAAACAAACUUUAUUUUUUGAUGGAUUACAGUAGGUGAUAUUACUGAAGAUUACUUGGCUUUCAACCUACAAGACUCUUACUAUUUAAAUAUGGAGGAAUAUUAUGUGAAUAUACAUAUCAAGAACAUUUGGGGUUUUGAAAAAAAUGAAUUGUACAUAUAUCAAAUGAACUUAAGAAACAAACAAAACAAAAGAAAAAAAGAAACAAAAAACAAAAAACCCAACUGUUUGCAAUUGCUUGAAGCAGUUGUCCUGAAUGAUACUUUUUCAUUCACAUUCAAGUAUUAAUUUUUUGAAGAUUUAAGUUACAUAAUGGAAUUAGGCAUGUGCAACACAAACAGGAAAGAACUAUGACUGAAAAUUUUAAAAACCUAUAAAUAUGCACAAGGGACACAUUAAUGGAAUGUCAGAUAAUUUUCACCAAUUUUUAUUUGGACCUGUUUUCUUGUGUAGACCAUAUUUACAUAUUUGAAUAAGUACACAAAGCACCAAUGCUGUUAAGGCCUUAGAAAGGGGCUCAUGCUGAAAUCUGCCAGUCAGAGAAGUUUUACAGCCUGGCAGGUACAACAUUAUCACAUAAGUGCUGUCAGUAUAAAAGUUGUGGGAAUAAAGGAAACUGGAUAUUUUUAGCACGAUGUGCAUGAUAAUUUAUAUGCUUGGUGGCUGUGCUGCUGAUUAAGCCGUAAUUAAAAUUCUUCUCAUCCCAUUGGAGUUUUUAAUAGAAGCUUUUUCCAUCAAUUGGCACAACCUAAAGAAGUUUUUUUAAAGGGGCAAAAAGUAAUUAUAGUAAAAUAUUUCAUGGUAGCUUCCGAAAAGGAAGGGAUUGCAACAGUUCUUAAAGGUAUUUAUGGCAUUCUAGGUAUACAGUGUUGGACCCUCACUGAUAUAAGUCCCAGACAAAAAAAUGUAUACUAUUAAUGUUCUUUUUCCUUUCCACCUAAAUAAUUUCUGACUUUGAAAUAACUAUAACUUUAAUGGAAUCGCCUUUGAUGAAGGAUUUAUAAUUUGCUGUGAUUUAGUUACAGAGUAUUUUGUUCAAAUUGAUGAGGUAAAGUGUGUCCAAAAAUUUAAUUGCAAUGACAUUUUGCCAUUUAAAAAUGCCCCAAUAUUACUGCUCUGAUUACACCUUUCAGCUUAUUGUUUCAACUCAUGUUGCAUGUUACAAAGUUUACUUAUAAUACUUUAAUAUAAUGUUAAUUCCCUUUUUGCUAUACGUUAGCUUUGUCAUUCCAAUUAAUUCUCUAGACCAGAUGGCAAGAGUGUAGAAAAAGAGGGUAUAUGAAAACGGGGAGAGAGCCAACAACUGGAAAUUUAAAAAUCUGGAUACUACAUAUGUUUGUGUGAUUUGAAGUGAAUGUUCUAAAAUCACAAGAAAUUUUUCAUUCCCCUGUUGCUUUCCAGUAAUUCUAUACCAUGGUCCUUUCAAAACGUUUGUAUAUGUAAUCAGAUGUACAUUUAUAUAAAAGAAAUAAUUGAGAUGGACUUAAGAGCACAUCCCUGAUAAAUACUUUCUCUCUUACCUGUACUAUAUUUCUAUUAGACUAAAGUUAUGUGAUUUUUUUUUACAUUUUUUCAAAUUACUAGCAAUUUUGAUAGUUUGUAAGAUAAUGCGAAGAACUUUCUCUGACAAACUAACUGCAGUAACAGAAACAUUUCUUUUCAGUUACUCUUUUUCAAGAAUGAAAGCUUAUUACACACAAAAAUUGUAUACUACUUGAUGGAAAAUUACUUUGUAUUUCUUGGCCAUAUUACUGGUCACUGAGUGAAAUAAAGAUAAUCUGGAUAACGAAUAUUAUUCCAAUGUUAAGAGACCUGAUCUUUGCUCAUUAAAGAGCUAAAAUGUUUAUUGCUGUUUUGUCAUUUUUUAAUGAAGUAAUGGUAACUGUCUCAAAUAAAGAGUAAUAUCUUAAGACCAGUCUGGUUUUUGAAGACAUGAGGGUGCCUUCUACAAUUAAUAAAACUGCAUAUUUAUAGGCCAGCCCCACCCUAGCUUUUUCUUACAGAAAUAUUGACAUUGUGACUGUCAUCACAGUAAAUCUCCUCCAGAUUUCAGGAAUGAGUUAAAAAUGCAAUAUCAACACCAAAAAAACAGCCAAGGAACAGGCCAAAUUGAAAUAAAUCUGCAGUAUUCCAUGAUGGGAAAAAAAAUCACCUGGGUUUUAUUGGGUGAUUGAACUUUUAUUAUAAAAGAGAAGUUUAAAGCACGUUUGCUAACAUCGAGCACAGACAUUAAAAAUUAAGCUGGAACCAAAAUUAAGUACUCAAUUUCAGUUCUUUUACGUACCUAUUUCACAAAAAAAAAAAAAAAAAAACCAAACAAAAAACAAACAAACAAAAAACCCAAAAAAAAAAAAAAAAAAACAACAAAAAACCCAACAAACAUGUACUUACUUAGUACUUCUUACAGUCCCCAGUUUUAAAUUAAGGUCUUUUUGUAGAAGCACAAAAAAUAGUCUUCAAAAUCCAGGGCGGUCUGUGUGCAAUUUCUGCCUGAUGUGGUUGUGCUUUUAGACUGUGACCUGCCAAUGUAAACCAAUAAAAAGAAUUGUCUGCCAUCUGAUAAUUAUUGUUUAAUAAGAAGAUUGUAUUUUGCUAUGUUGAUAAAACAAAACAAAAAAAAUACAAAAAUAUUGAUGGCCAUAAAACAAGAUAUUAAUGAAAUAUGAUUUUAUGUGCUUUUCUUAACUUUAUCAAAACCAAAAUAACUUUCUACUAUAGUUUAUUUGUGGCCAUAUAUCUAUAUAUCUCUAUAUAUACAGUAUCUGGUAAUUGUUUACUUUUAUUAGUUACAAAAUAAAUGAUUUAGGUAAACCAAGCAUGACACUACACUUUAUUUCUGUCAGCCAAUAGUAUUUAAAAUGUGAAAGAUGAAGGCAACAACACAAAUUUUGUCACUACUGUUUGGAGAAAAAAAAAAAAAAGUCCAUUCCUGUGAUGCAGAUACUGUGAAUGAUAUUUUAGUGGCUACUUUAUACUGACAUUACAGCAGCUGGCUUUCCAAAAGUAAGAUGGUGUCCCACGUUUUAACACAACAUUGAGAAAGAGCAGAGAGAUGUUUUAAAGCUGGAAUGAAAAGAUAAGAAAUGGUUUUGAAAUAUCUUCAUGUUCUUCAUGGAAUAUAAGUUUGUUUUUUUCAAAGUAUUUUAUCUAUUUGAUUUGUUUUUCAUGGUAGCAUACACAAAAGCAAAAUUGAGUGUGAUAUUUAAUUUCUUGUAUCAUCCUUGGACCAGUUUUACAAUAAAAUUAGGAUAUCAGUCAGUCUUUGGAAGUUCAGUAAAAAUAUAAAGAGCCUGCAUUUAUUGAUUUCACACUUUUGUAAAUAUGUUUGCAGACCUUUUUAAGAAAAUGUAUUCUACCAUUUUGAGAAAAAAAAUAACAAUGGAAUCAUUGUCUCGUUUAUCUAUUAAAAUUACAGGCAAUAUAAUGUGCUGUGCUGACAUUUCUAGGAGAAAUAAAACCGAUAAAAACUGCAUUUUGCUCAAUGGUAUCUCAGUUGGUUAUACCUGGUAUUCUCCACCCACGGAAGACUUGCAAGGCAUGGAUGAACUUCCUGGAUAAAAUCCUCCAUGGGAAAAUGUAGUUGUUAUUUUUGUUGUCUGUACUAAACAUGUGUCACAGCUUUUUAAUUAUUGGAUGUUUUUGUUGCUCACACACCCUGAAAACCGGAUGAAUAGAGGUCUAACAAAUAAACAUGUUACAGUUUUAAAGACAGCACUGCACAGAAGAUGCUGGAAUUUCUGUUGCCAGUUUCACUAGGAGAUGAAAAAGCUGACUUCAUAGGAAGCUGUCAAACAUCAUGGUAUUCCUUUGAUGUUUGGAAGUUGUUGCUUUUUGCCUGUGAUGUUAGUUUAAAAUAUUGGCCUUUCCCCCCACCUUUUUUUCUAGUAUUGAACAGUUACAGAUGGUCGCUUUUUAAUGUAAGCGAACGUUAGAUAAUUUAAUUAUUAUUGUGAAAAUGUGCUUCCAAAUAAAUUAGAUUAAUGGGAAA